GACAGAGACAACGGCAGAAGAGACACCGUCGAUGCGAUGCGCCGCGUGUACUGUCCAGGUAGAAAUUCCCCCAGUGGUGGCCACAGAAAACAGUUGAAAACAAGUAAGAAGGGUACAGAAAAGGAUACGACUAGGGAAGUACCCUAUGGAAAAACAUUUCACCCGAAUCUAAGCCACAAUUGGAGGCUACAUAGAGGAGUCUUCGAUGGGUACAGCCCGGAUAGGAGCCGAACGAAUGGUUACACCUGGAUAGGCCAAAAGAUGGCUCCCAAUAGCUCAAGGGGCACUCUUCCCUCUGCCUAUUGCACAUACAUCUCUCAAGAUAGUAUAUACCCCCCAGCUCCACUACAGGGUAUAAAACCGAUGCGACCGCGACUGCGACUCUUUGACUUCGACUUGGACUUCGACUUGGACUUGGAUAGGGACCGGCGGCUGCUAAAGCAGGCACACAUAAAAUGCUCCCUCCUAAGCCGCCUAGACCCAUAAUUAUGGCUUCAGUUAUGAUCAAAGUUCAGUUAUUGUUGGGGACUGGGGAUGGGACCCGGCAGUGCACAAAUCAAUGCUCGGAAUACAUUGAAAUAAAAGAAAUUUAAUUGCCCCAGGCCCGCGAUCUUUUCUCUUUGAAACGUUGAUUGUUUUGGACAUUUCUUGCAAAGGGCUUUGAUUUGGGCCAUCAAUCAAAAUAUAUGAAAAAUAUUAGACAAGCCUUCUGGGUAAUAAAAUACCAAAAAAAAAAAGAGACUAAAUCUAUACCUUAAAAAUAUAUCAACUUGGGUCUAUUCCAUGGAUCGAUAAAUAUAUCAACUUU